UUUCCCUUUCUCCUGCUAUUGGGUUUGGUGGCGUCCCUUUCGCACAGAUUCUGCCCAGCUCCCAGCCCCCAGGAAGGAUAACCCCGACGGUGGGAUCUUUGCCGCACUGAAGCCCAGCAGAUCUGCCGUGGGUUUCAGUGGGGCAGGAGUGCCUCUCUAGUGCUUUCUCUCCCCGUGGCCCGCGUUUGGGUACCCUGGCUUUCUGAUAGACCUGGGCCAACUGGGCGUUGCAGUGCAGGGCGUGUCGCUCAGCCUCGAGUCGCCCGGCGGCCCAUUGUGCACGCUCAGCGCGGGGUGGGGGUGUGGGCUCCCCGGGGUGGCUAACACAGCGAGCGGGCUGGGCUAGCGGCGAGCUUGCCCACUAGCUGCAGACAGUGCGGCUUUAAAGGAGACUCCCUCCAGAUUUUUUUUUUUAAGUCUAAUUAUAGCACAAGCCAAUGAGCAGAUCGGCUGCUCCCCUCCCAGACCCUGCCUAGCGAGCGGGGCUGGGCUGCAACAGCAAGAGCGCCCGGCGCCCUCCCUGAAGGCAGGCGGCAGGAACGCGAGCGCAGCUGGUCGCGGGGUUCGGACGUGCGAGGCUGCUCAGCUGGUGCCGGCGUUCGGAGGCGGCAGCGCUCGGUGCCCGAGCGGACUAAGACCCUCCCAGUCUCCUGCGGCUCGCAACUUCGCCAGGGGCCGGUCCCGCUCCUGGGCACUGAUUAGCGGGGGGCGCGCUGCGGUCCCUGGCUUGGCUCUGCCCCCGCGGGGGAAUGUGGAAAUGGCCGGUGACAGGAGCCCUGGGGUCUUGAGCCGGCAGCGUUUCGGGCUCUUGCUGCUCGCUGCGGCGGCGGCCGCUGGGCUGUGCGGCGGGGUCUCUGCAGUCAAGUCUCCCAGCUGCCACGAAGUGAGGACGGCGUUUCAGAUCCGGCAGAUCGGCCCCCUCAAGCUGGUUCCCGAUGUGCCCACUGCUGAAUCGGAUUUGCAGAUCUGCCAGCACAGAGCACCAACCUGUUGCACUAAAAAGAUGGAAGAAAACUACCAGACAGCUGUUCGGAGAGAGAGGACUCAAAACAUCCAGGCCUUGAACUUUGAACUGAAAUAUAUGAUAGUUGGUCAUAUCACAGCUUUUCAAGAGGCCUUUGAGUCAUUGCUUCGCUUUGCAGAAAAUCACACAACCUCCCUGUUUGAGACAGCUUACAGAGCCAUGGCAAAAGAAGCUGCAGAGCCUGUCAAAGAACUUUUUACAGACCUCUCUCUAUAUAUUUUGGGUGCUGAGACUACAGUGGAAAAUGCAGUUUUACGGUUCUUCGACAGUCUCUUUCCUUUGGUUUACAGUCGGCUAAUAAACCCUGGAAUUAUAGAUUUAUCAGAGGAAUAUACCGAGUGUCUACGACUAACAAGACAAGACAUAAAUCCCUUUGGACGUUAUUCUAAUGAAGUGGUUACAGAGCUGUCAAAAUCUCUUUGGGCAAGUAGGAUGCUAAACCAGGCCCUCAAUAUGGGCAUUGAAGUGAUAAACACAACUGAACAUGCGGCUAUUACAAAGGAAUGUAGCAAAGCACUAGUGAAGAUGCAGUACUGUCCACAUUGUCAAGGACUGACACUAAUCAGACCUUGCGUGGGAUAUUGUCUAAAUGUAAUGAGGGGCUGUUUGGCCAGUGUGUCAGAGCUGGAUACUCAAUGGAGGGAGUAUAUCUCCGCACUGGAAUAUCUGACUAAUGAAAUGGCUGGGUCGCAUGAUCUGGAACUUGCACUUCUGGGAAUCAGGAAUUCAAUCAAUGAAGCCAUUCUGCAUGCACAGUUGAAUGGGCCACAACUCUCUGCCACAGUUGACAAAGUGUGUGGACAGCCCCAAGAAAGAGAAGCAAAACCUUCACCAGAUAAUAUAGUGCAAGCAAAGGACAUGGCUGAAACCCAGGCUCUCACGAUGGCUCACUCUGCUAAUCUAAACAAUAAAAGGAGUUCUCUGCCUCUGAAAGCUUCAAAGAAUGACAAAUCCAGAAGUUUGAAAAAAAUCUCUCGAGAGUUCAUCAACUACAUGAAACGAUCCCGAACCUUUUAUGCCUCUAUAGCAGAAAGGCUGUGUGAUGGGGACCUGGUGAUGCGGGACAGCUCGACUUGCUGGAAUGGAGAGGAUGUUGUGGAAAGUUACACCAGCAGAGUUGUUUCCAAUGGACUUAAGGCACAAAUUAAUAACCCAGAAUUGAAAGUCAAAGGAUUAGACCCUCUCAUCAGUCAUUUAAUUGACAGACUUCAUCAUUUUAACCAGCUGGAUACAGAGAAGACAAAAUUGAAGUUGGAACGAUGGGCUUCCAGGGAAAGUGGCAGUGGGGGCUGGAAAAGUGAAGCAAUGGAAUCAAGCGGGGACUGUGAUGAUGAGGAUGGAUGUCAAGGAUCUGGUGACAGAAUUCACACAGCAGAUGUACUCAAAGAAAAGAAGGCCUAUUCAGGAGAUAGGAAUGAACCAAAACCAACUGUGAAAAAGAUUGACACCACAGCCACCACAACCACAACCAAGUCAUCUUCUAAACAUGAUCUAGCCGGAAAUGUGGGCAAUCUAGCCUCAAGUUCCUCACUCUCCAUUGUAACGGCACUAGCGAUUUUGUGGCACUGUCUGUCAUAGCUGCGUUGUAUUGCAACAACUGUCCAAGAAUUUCUGUCCAUUGUCAUUUAUACCUACAGCCUUACCCAAUGGAAAACAAAAUUAAAUGGCUCUCUACGAUUAGAUGGGGUAUGUUAGAAUGAAUGCUAAAGAAAAGGCUGAGAUUGGCUGAUUGUGAUUGUCAGCCCUGACACUGUGUCUGAAGAAGGUCCUUGAUCAUAUCUUAUCAACUCAAGAUAUAAAGGGAAUGAUGACAGGGGAUCUGAGUAGUUUAAGUUAUUGGGGUAGAAAUAAUCAACACUAAAAUUGUAAAUUACUGUGUUGGCAUUUUUACCAUUUUUCUCACUGGGUAAUCUCACUGGUUGUUUCUGUUUGUUAAAUUCUUGCGAUAAAUUCAAAUGAAUGAUCAUUCUUCUGGUGCAAGUUAAUACAUACGGUAUUUCUCUAGUGAACAGCUAAUAACCUACAUCUACAGUGGUGAACCAUGUCAAGUGAAGUACUCUUUACUAGUUUCAUAAAGUUCCUAAGUGGCCAAGAAGAUAAGAGCAUGUUUGACCCUUUUGUUUUCGCUCUUACUGUUUAGAUUUUAGGACACAAUAUAAAAAAGCAUAUAUGUCAUGUCUGUAAUGUAUCAGUAUAGUUGCCUUUACCAUUUAAAAAUUUUUUGAGAAACACUUAACGUUUCCCUGCUGCACAAAACUCCAUUACCAUAUGCUCAAAGCUUACUGGAUGAAUGUCUGACAAAAGGAACCAUAAGUAAACACUAUAACGUUUUAAUCAGCUGAAUGCAGUUAUAUAUGAAAAAAGCUAAUUUAGUUCAAACAUAUUUUACCUGUUUCCUCUUGGAGAGGACCUUGUUUCCAUCUAGGUGUCAGAGAUAUAAAGUGUUUGGAUUCCUCUUACCCAAAAAGUGGUCUCCAUGAAUUAUAGACCUCUGUAGUACAAUAUGCUUCAUAAACCGUGUAUUAUUUAAUUAUGUUUACUAUUUUAAAUUGUGCUAUCACGGUAGAAGUAAAUGUAAAACAAUCUGAAAUCUAGAACAACAUUCUCAGUCAUUUCUCACUUUGAUUUUCUAUACUAGACCGUGUCAAAAUCUUCAUUUUAUUCUGAUGAGAGUUUUUGAUUUAAAUCAAGGAAACACUGAUGUGUUUUAAAACUAUGAUGGAAAGGUACUAGGAUGUAAUUAGAUGCGUUGAGAACUAAUAUGUGUAUUUUCUGACAACUGUAUUUAUAGUGCCAUUGAAAAUAUAUACAUACGAUACAGUAUGAGUACAGUGAUUACUGAUAAAUAUAUGAAGUAUUGGGAUUGUUAUCGCAUUUACUUAAUUUCAUAACCAUUUCCACCAUUUAAUGGCCAUUUUCAUGCUGCAGACUAUGAUGAUAAUUAUGACGUACUGUUUUAUAAGAUUUAAUGUACAGACAUUUGCCUUUAAUUUUUUGCGGGGGGGUAAAACAUCUCUUUCAGCGCUUAGAUUUAUACAAGCACUGACAUUGAUUCAAGAGACGAACCGUAUAUCAUAUCAACCAAGUUCUGGGUGUCUUUGUAUAGAAUAGGAGGGCAAGAUGUCAUUGUACUUGUGUGUGUUCAUGUGGUAUUAGCAAAAAUUACUAAUUAGCUACAUAUUUGCAUAGGAGGGAUUUGAUAUUUUUGCAUUUGGUCUUUAAAAAUGUGUAAGUGCAUAACUGUAUAAGCAAAAGCAGGGGUAGGCAACCUCUGGCACGCGUGCCAAAGGUGCCACGUGAGCUGAUUUUCAGUGGCACUCACACUGCCGGGGUCCCGGGGGGUUCUGCAUUUUAAUUUAAUUUUACAUGAAGCUUCUUAAACAUUUUUAAAACCUUAUUUACUUUACAUACAACAAUAGUUUAGUUAUAUAUUAUAGACAUAUACAAAGAGAGCUUCUAAAAACGUCAAAAUAUAUUACUGGAACGCGAAACCUUAAAUUAGAGUGAAUAAAUGAAGACUCGGCCCACCACUUCUGAAAGGUUGCUGACCCCUGAGCAAAAGCAUACACAUAUAGAAACUGAAAGUGGUCAAGACAAGCAGAAUAGCAUUCCAGUUUUUUUAAUGCUGGAAAAACAAUCUGGCACCACCAAGACAAAAAGGAACAAGAUGCUUAGAGCAUUAUCAUGAAACAUUUAGUGUUAGAAUUCUGAUUUUUCAACAUGUUAAUGAGUUAAUACCAUUAAGUAGUGAGUUCACACUGUAUUAAUGAGAAUGAAUCUUGCAAACAUAGUAUGAAAGUUGCUGUAAUACAAUUUUUCAGAGUUCACUGAUACAGUAAGUGAACAGCACCAACCUAUCCAGGCAUACAGUAAAAUUGCCAUUUAUGCACAUUUUUACAGCCCUUGAGUGCUUUUAGAAAAGCGUACAUUCACAGGGGCACUUAUGCAAGUUGUUCCUUUUGUACCUUGAAGUGAUUUUCUAAUUCUUUACAGUUUCACAGGACUAGAUGGGAUACCUGCCUUUACACAGCUGUAUCCAUGAUUAGGCACCUAAAUAUGAGCAAUGGGUACCCAAAUGCUGAUUUAGACACCUAGGGUGAGAUCCUCUGCUGGUGUAAAUCAGCAAAGCUCCACUGAAGUCAUUCACAGAUGUACACCAGAAGAGGAUCCAGCUGUUAAGUCAGUAUUUUCAUAGUUGGGACCCUAAAAUCAACAUUUAGGUGAGCAUAUCAGCACUUGAAUAUCUCAAAUAUGUAUUUAGGUGCCAAAAUAUGGAUCUGAGUGUCUGUGUUUUGAAAUUGGCUCUCCCAAAUUCCAGAUGUGCAACUUCUAGUUUGUGAGAGUUUGAACAUCCACAGCAUACCGGAAUCUGCUUUUUGAGAAUUGCUGUAAGAGUCAUUGUACUACUGGAUCAGACCACAGCGAUCCAUCUAACCUAGUAUCAUAUAACCAAGAGUGGCCAGUACCAGUGCAUCAGAGGAAGGUGCAAGACACCCUGCAGUAGGCAGUUAUGAAAUAACCUGCCCAAAGAGAAAUUUUCUUCCUAAUCCCCAUUAGCUAGAGGUUGGUGUAGACCCUGAAUCAUGAAGAUAAAAUAAUACUGCACAAACUGUAGGGAGAGAGAUUCAUCAACUCACUUCAUUGGAUUCAACCCAUAUUUUAAUAAAUACAGAUGGGUACAGGGGAGGAAAGGGAGAAAAAGAUACUAUGGAAAGCUCAACAUCAAUACUUUUCACAUUAACAUAACUAGAAAAUCUCCCACUGCAUUUGAACACUUUAAAGAGAGUAAAGGUCAAACUAGCAUGUAACAUGUUCGUAGUGUACAUCAGAAAUAUGCGACAGCUCUAAAGACAUAAUAGGAUAUUGUAUCUAACACAUUAUGAAGCAUUUUUCUUCACAGGUGAGUUGGAGCUGAGUAGAGGAAUAUUCUUCAUUAGGUAUCAAAUUCACAUCCAAAUAAGGCAAAAACAACUGACCAUGUCCUACAAAGGAAGUAUAUCUUUUCAGAUAAAAAAUGAGAUAUAAACAUAGUUUUGCCAAGCAAUUAGGAAUUUUAUUUAGCCAGUGCUCUUUUAUGUGUGUUGUUUUGAUAUCUAUUUUUAGUAUUUUGCAAUAUCCGGUGUUUGUGAAUGCAAAAACUGGCACAUCCAGAACUUGCUCAUUUGUGGGUUAAAGUGAGUCUGCUGAGGGUUUUGUUUCUUUUGUUGGAGGUUUUUUUCCAUAGUGAUGUGUACUUCUGAACAUACAGAGCAAAAUUGUCCUAUGUGGUGUCACCACUUUGCACUGCACCACUAACCUAUCUUGGGCCAGGGAGCGUCACCCGAAUGUAAAGGUUAUUCUCCUGUUAGGGAGGAUCAUCCCUGUAUAAGGGAGAUGCUCCUGAUAGCAUUGAGCCAGCAGAGAAGUUUGUAUGUCAUUCUCCCUCCGGGCAGAGAGAAAAGUGGUUGGGGUUGUUGGAGGAAAUGGUACGUGGCUGAGAUGCCUUGCUGAUCCCCAGCUAUGUUCUCAACCUCGCUGGGGCUACUCAAGCCCUGCUGAAAUGAGAGCAGCCUGAAGGUACGGGGAGAGUGGCCCUGCGAACAGUUGCAGCAGGAUUUGCAGAUUGCAAAGGUACAUAUUAAGGGAACUUUAUGCUUAUAUGCCAUUAAUUGCACUCUGUGCAAUUUAUUGCACCCCAGGAUCUGGCCCAUAGUUUCUAGCCUACAUAUUGCAACAGUGAGCCCUAUUUUCAAGUACACAAGCUAUUGUGUCAUUGCAUAGAGAAAUUUAGGACUGGCUCAGUAAUGAAUCUUUAUAGGUACAAAUAGUAUCUGUCUGAGCUCUAUAAGGGCUGCACAGCAAUAAUUAUCUACUGCCACAUUUGUUUCAAAAGAUUUGUGUAUGGGGAUCGGGUAAGAUUUCCAUUUCUCUCCAUACGCUACAUCUGGUCUGUCGUUAACAAAAGUUCAUUUUCCCCAUGUGUGUCACUACAUGAAACCUAUUUUAACAAUGUAUUUUGAUUUGAUUCUCCAAUCUAGAAUGCGUUUCCUUGUCAUUUCUCUUCUGAAAGUUUAUAGAGCCUUAUUUUAACUGUUACAAGCAUUAUAACCCUGGUUCAGCAAGCCAUCCUUAUUUAGCACAGUACAUGCUUACCUUUAAGUAAGUCCCAUUCAUAUCAAUGGAACUUAAGCACUUGUUUAAGUGUGGUAACUGAAUAGGAAUGGACAUCAAUAGGCAAAGCUCGGAGUUGGGCUGAAAUUGGCUGAAUUGCACAUAACUAAUACGUGGGUAAAAUUUCACUCCUGUGCAGAGAGCCCCCGUAAGGCCUAUGCAUUGUUCAAAUAGCACUCAAGCUGUGCAUAAGCCUUUGCUCAUCCUCUCUGCACAGAGGCGGAUUUCACUCUGAAUAGGAAAUACAAUCUGCAGUAUAGUAUAUUUCUUUCUCUUUCACAAUAUCAUUGUUUAAAUUUCAAAUAAUCUAGGAAUAGUAGAUGCUUGAGCCACAUAGUGUCUACUGCAACAUUGUGCUCUUAGGGUUGCUGCUUUUAGUGGCACAUGGCAUGUCUAUCAAUGAGCCGUGAAAGGUGGAUCAAAACUUGGCUUUUUAGAUGUGACGUGCUCCCAUCAAAAAGAGAAACAAACAAAAAACCCCACACCUGCCACAGUGAUAAUGUUAGAUUAGCUAUUCCAUCUCCACAAAAGUCCAGAAUUCUUCCCAAUCAUGCAUUCUCCAGCAUUUUCUCCUGUGAAUUUCUAAUGAUUAAAUUUUAAUUUGGAUUAAAUAUUAAGACACUAAAAAGUAUUUAAAAAAUGCCCAAGAUAGAAAGUGGGCACACUUAAAAUUCAUUCUGGUUUUAGAGAUUAUAGAUUUCAGAAUGGUUUCCUGGACUUCAAAUGGGGAACUCCGCUAGACUCACUAAUAUCUCGAGAACUGUACCAAUUUUUUUAAAUGCACCGAGAGUAUACCACAACAUAAUGUGUACGUGACAGUCUAAUUCACUGGACUCAGAAAGAAGUACAGAAAUAAUGGGUGCAUUAGAUUUCUUACUUAUGAAAGCUGAUAUUUCUUACUUCUGAUCAAAGUGUGCCCCCUUUUUUGGAUUUUAUGGCUUGUAUUCACAUCCAACUUGCUCAAAUGUCUUUUGAAAGACAGCCUUGCUCCAAUGCUGCUCCAGUUCUGAGAGGAGACUCCAGGACACAGCUGAUAAACCACAUUUUUGUGCCUGAGAUUAUUAUCAGGUCCUUACAAUGGCACAGUAUUCAACAUUCUGGGCUUUAUUAACCUAUCAGAAUGGCUGUUACACUACAGCAGUAUGAUUUUCAUUUAUAUAUGGACAAACACUAACUGAAAUCUAUUGGUGCUUUUUAUGCAAUACAGAAAGUACUUCAUUAGAUAGCAGGUAUCAACUGCUAAUGUUCUCAUAUCUGUGCAAAAUGCAUUAGUACUGCCUUGCACAAGUUCUACAGUUUGCACUUUAUCAUAAUAGUUAAUCUUUAGUAAAUUGCCCAAUACUUUGUAAUUAUAAUAUUAGCAUCUAAUUUAACACCAUCUUUAAAAAAUCAUUUGUUGCAUAAUAUAAGCAAUUAACAUUUAUUCACUUUGUCUGUAACAGGGGGAUAUAUAAUUUAUCCAUAAUGGCCUUUCUGUGCACCUAAUUAGUACACGAUUGAAUUAUUCUACAAGCUAUGGAUAUUUAAUUUAACCAGUAAUAUACUGCUAGCUUUGUAAAUUCCUUGCAAAUAUACACUUUUAAAAUUACUUUGCAGCUAAGUAGAAAACAAUGUUUUCUUAUAUCUUCUGGGUUUACAUGGUAGGCUUUUAGGCUGCAUUACCAAGAAUAGGUACUGACAUUUUUCAUGCACUUUAAAAAUGGAAUUAGUCAGAUACCUCUUUUCCAUAAUUCAUUAUAGUAUAUCAGAUUUAUAGCCUGCUUUAUUCUGUAAUGAAAAAGAAAGCAAUGAGACAUCAAGAAGAUAUCUCCUAAUGAAAUUCUGUAUCUGCAUAUGCAUAUGUUAGGAAGCUCUGCUGAUCAGAGACUAUAUCCAAAGUGUUGCAAUACUGGAGUGUCAAGGAUAUGAUGUUAAAUUUGUGGAAAUUGGAUCAGGCUGAUUAAGUGACAUAAGUAAGUUUUUAGCUAGCUAUAUUUUCUAUUUAAAUGUGCAGUAAAUUGAGCAAGAUCACUUGGUCUUUCAAGAAAGGAGAUUUGAGACAAACUUUCCAGCAAGAAUGCCAGCAUCAGACAUUUGAUUUACUUAUUUCAUAAAUGUCGUGGUAGCAGAAGUUCUGAGGUUUUUCCUCAGAGCAGAAGUUUGUGAGGCUGACUGUUAGGAAGGAGCCAGAUCCCCUCUACUGGCUUCAGUGGAGCUAUGCCAGUUUACACUGGCAAAGGAUCUGACCCAAGAACAUAAAAUCCUUCCCAAAGAGCAGAAUCUUAUUUCACUUACAAUUCUGAUCUUAUAUUAUGGAAAUUCAGAGUAACUCCAUUGACUACAAGUCUGGCUGUUUUCGGGUUUUAUACUGCCAUCCAUCACUAGAGUAUAUCAGCACCUUCCCCAUAAAAUCAAUAGCAAUAGCCACAUGGGGAUAUUUAGAAAAAUUAAUCUGAAUUAUCUAACAGUGUGAAUUUAAAAUGGAUUCAAUUUUCGUGCAUUCAAUCCCUGUUUAGAACCUAAACCAAAUUAAGGCCUAAAGAACCUGUUUAGAACCUAAACCAAAUUAAAAGAAAUUUAUUUCUGAAUGAGAGUACCCACACAGGGUUUUAAUGCAGUUUAACUAAUCCACUUUAAAUUCACACCUUUAGUCAAUUCAGAUUACCUUUCCUGAGUGUCCUCUUGUAGACAAAUCCAUAGAAUCUCUGAUACUUCUCCCUUUUUGGGGUUAAAACUCAGCUUGGGAUAGGAGAAGUAGAGUAUUCAAAUUGUGAGCGUCACUCAUAGCGGAAAGGUUCUCUCAAAGAAGAUUUUGCAGUAUUGCCUAAAGACAGUCAGACUGAAUUUGCUUGAUCGCCUCUGGAAGAUUGUUCCAUAGCCAGAUCUACUCAACAAAGAAUAUUUUGUUCCCAGCGUUCAUAUACUUCAUCCUGGACUUUGUGACCUACAUUGUCCCAUAGGAGCACGGUGGUCACAGAUCCAAAUCUGGUGUAGCUGGGGUUUGCUCUAUUAUUGCUUUGAAAAGUAGGACCAAGGCCUGAUGUGCUCACAGCAGCCUAAACCAUGGAGAUGGUGGGUACCCGCAUUCUGUACCAGUUGGAGCUUGCUUAUCUUCACAUUGAACUUCAGAUACAAGGAGUUACAGUUAUCCAGCCAGGUUACAGUAAUCCAGCCUCGAGGUAACAAAUGCACAGAUCGCUGUGGCCAGCUCCUCAUCUGGGAGGGAGAGACAAAUUUUCCUAGCAAGCUGGAGGUGAAAAAAAGGCAUUUUUGGAAACUGAUAAUACCUGGUCCUCCAAGCUUAAUGAGGAGUCAAACAGGACCCUGGGGCGUGAACUACUUCAACAUGGAUUCCACUGGCUACAAUGAUUUACACUGGUACAACCUGCGAUCAGAAUCUGGCCUGAAAGAAGACUGUGCAUUUGGGGAAGGGUUUCAUUUUAAUAUGAAACUGAGUCAACUUCUGCCCACUUGACAGGAAAGGGAAUGACUGUCAGGAAGGGGCCAGAUCCCCUCCACUGGCUACAUGGGCUAUUUUCUGUUUUUGAAAAGAGCGAUGAGACAGCUCAUGCCCUAUGGAUGAUGAAACACCUACGGGCAAAACACUUAGACAAGUUUCAUAAACAGUACCCAAGAGAAGCAGUAAUAAGACUUUUCUUGUUGUUCUCUAAUUGGAAAAUAAAAACAUUCAUUUGACUGGAGCUUUGGUAAUUUCAUGUUAGCAAUGAAGAAUGGAUGGAACAUGUUCCCCUACUUUCCAGAUGUUUACUGGAAAAGGCUGUUGUAGCACCAAUACUAUAUAAAACAUUUAUUGUACCUCAUUUAUUAUAUGGGACAGUACUAGAAUAAAAAAUAGAAACCAGUAUACUAAACCUGCAAUAUACAACCUUUUAUUGUAUUUACUGUACUUAAAUAUAUCAAAACUAAUAUAGUAUUAAUGUUUACAAUACAUCAGGAGUAGAAGUUACAAUAAAAAUUCCUGCUUUGUUAUUUAGGCCUUUAAAAAAUUAGUUUAUGGUUUCUUGGUUUUCUUUAGUUCACCUUCUUUUAUGGAAACUAAUAGGCCAUUUACGUUUUUAUUUUACAUUAAUUGUAUUGUGUGUAUUUUAAGCUCCAAAGUAGAUUGUUUUGGCCCUAAGCUGCAUUCAAACCCUAAUAAGUAUUCAUAUCAGCUGAGCACUUGUUUUAUUUUCAAAAUUUUUGCUUGUAUUUGAUUGAAUAAACUCAUCAGCUUUCUUCAGUUUGUUUUCAGUACUGAACCUGAUAAAGAGUUUUUAAAAAGCAAUCCAGAAUCAUUGGCUUAAUAAUACUCAGCAAAGUUACUUUGAGAAAUUGUAAUAAAUGGUGUGAUUUGUAAAGGACAGUGAACUGUGAAUGGUAAUAAAAAUAAAUAAUCCACAACAGGAUCUUGCGUCCUCUA